AUGGCUGCCAUAGGCUCUGAAAUUUCUGCCGACCUUUUCCAUUUGCCUAUUCUGGCACGGAGUAUCCAGGCGUUACGAGACAAUGUAACUCGGUUUAUUGUGGCUGCUGGGCCCUACAAUGAUACCCAAGUGCAGGCAUUCUUGGCACAUCUCCAUUCUGCAUCGAACCCCACAUCCGGUCGCAUGCGUGCUCUCUUUCGAGUUCAAGUGCCUGUGGAGUCUUAUCCUGACAUAGAAGCUGCCUGUGCUACUUUCACACAAGUGUUAUCGCAGGGAUCGUCGUUACCUUGGACGCUCUAUGGGAAAGUCCAUUAUCGUGACCCUUCGUUUGGGUCGACGUUUUCAGGUCAAACAUUUGCCUUUGAGAUGGAAUCCCCUCCCAUGUCGUGUACAUAUGAAGCCUUCGACAUGUCCGAGGCCCCUCUGCAUGCACUGCGUGCGGCAUUGAAUGUGCCAGGCGACUCUACGCUUGAGUGCCUCGGUCUUUGGCCAGUGCCUCCCUUGUAG